CGCCACCAUCUCGUCUCCAUCGCCAUUGCUCCAUUUCUCGAGCUCUCAAACCCUAAUCCUCUCCAAUCGAGAGUAACCAUGGGCUGCGUCCAUGGCAAGUGCUGCUGCUGCCGCUUGUGUUGCUAUACCUGUAAUCCUUGCUGUUGCUCCGACUCUGGUUCCCAAGCCAACAACCACUGCUGUGUCGGCGAUCAACGAUCCCCCGAUCAUCUCCUACAACGCCCAACUCUCACCGGAGACUCCGUCGGCACGGCCCUGAUCCCUUCCGCCGACCUUUGCCUCUAUUACUCCACCCUCAGCCAGCGCGGUCACUACCCUGACUCUCCUGAUCGUGAGAACCAGGACUGCUUCAUCGUCCGCACCAACCUCCAUGGCCGGGUAGACGCACACUUCUUCGCCGUCUUCGACGGCCAUGGCCAGCUUGGCGCUCGCUGCGCCGCCUUUGUCAGGGACCGUCUCGUUGAGGCUUUGUCCGCUGAUGGUUCCCUCUUUGACGACCCCGCCAGGGCCUACCAAUCUGCGUUCCUUGCCACGAACUCGGAGCUCCAUGAGAGCGAGAUCGACGACUCGAUGAGCGGCACCACGGCCAUCGCCGUGCUGGUUUCGGGUGCCACCAUGUGCGUCGCGAAUGUGGGGGAUUCGAGAGCGGUGGCUGGGGUUUGGAGGAAUGGUUCAGUUGUGGCUGAGGAUUUAUCGCGUGAUCAAACUCCAUUUAGGAAGGAUGAGUAUGAGAGAGUGAGGAGGUGUGGAGCUAGGGUUUUGAGUGUGGAUCAGGUGGAGGGGGUGAAGGACCCUGAUGUGCAGAGCUGGGGGGAUGAGGAGAACGAUGAUGGUGAUCCCCCAAGGCUGUGGGUGCCCAAUGGGAUGUACCCAGGGACUGCAUUCACUAGGAGCGUCGGGGAUUCGACGGCAGAGAGCAUUGGGGUUAUUGCAGAGCCAGAAGUGUUGACAUUGAAGAUUUCGCCAGAACAUCUCUUCUUUGUCGUCGCCAGUGAUGGUGUGUUUGAGUUCCUAUCAAGUCAGGCUGUGGUUGAUAUGGUUGCCAAGUUUAUAGAUCCCCGAGAGGCUUGUUCAGCUAUUGCUGCAGAAUCCCACAGGUUAUGGUUAGAGCAUGAAAAUCGAACAGAUGACAUAACCAUCAUAGUUGUACACAUCAAAGACUCAGGUAUCGGGACAAUAGAUGCAGCAAGUCAAACCACCAAUAAAUCUUCCAUAGAAAUUUCAGAUAAAGGAAAAGAUAAAACUGCUACCCAAGAAUCAGAUAUUUGCCAUCAAGAAAAAGGGAAUUUACCCAUAAUGCAGUCUUGUCCCGUUGACUCUUCCACGGAACGAAGUCCUGCAUGUGUUGCUCCUUCUCCAACACACUCUGUACUAAGAAAUGGAUGAAUAUGGUAAUUGAAGAUGCCUUUGCAACAACUGUGAGAGUUUAAAGACGACCUAAUUCGGAAUCCUUAUGCUCUUUGUUAUCUGUAAUUCACUUGUAAAUACCUUGUUGGAUUCCAAAUCUUCCGGGUGAGCUUUUACUGCCCAAAGUCAUAAGGGAAUGUGAAAAAGCAUCAUCGUCAUUUGGUAAAUCCACUUACAUGGGCAGAUUCCAACUUCUGAAUCUUUUCUGAAUCUCGGGGUUGUGACUGGCAAUAAGGAGAACAAGUUCAAGUUCAAGUUCAAGUUCAAGGCACUAUGAACAAACCAUGUACUAUUUUUCAUGUUUUGCUGAAUACUUUUGACCUGAUAUGUGUAUAAUUUGAGAAAAUUUGUGCAGUACUGCAUCUUUCUUCUGAUGAAGUCUGAAAUCUGAAGAUGUUGAUGUU